CAAUUGCUUGCUUGGCUGAUUUUUCACACCUUGUUCAUCCCCUCUGUACACGACAAACCACUUUUUGUGUUUGGCUCGGGGACAUUCGCUGGUCAUUGCAAUUUUUUAUUUAUUAUUGCUUUUAUAUUUUCCUUCAAGGACGCUAGACACGGUAGAACAUUGCUGUCGUUUCAAUUUCCUAUGUCCUUAUCGGUCGUUCAAUUCCCCAACGGUCACAAUUAGAACUAGUGCUGUGCUGCAACGCUGCGGCUUUCCCCGCCGACCGGUCUUAUCAAUCCGAGCUCUCCAUUCCGAUCCUCUCCAACAACCUUGGACCUGCGCAUCAAGAGAUCAAGUCACACAUUUAAUCUGCCCGACGACGUUCCCGCGGGUUAGCAAAAAUCACCCCAGAGCUAGUCAAGCAUUCCAGCCUGAUCCUAAACGGACGGAACAGAACGACAGACGGACAGGCUUUGCUUGGUGUGCCUCGAAGUGGCCAUCGCCGAUAUCGCCAAAAUGUCGCACACAGGCCGGGACUCACCCUCCCAAAUGCCACCGCUGGGCUCCUCACCCUCUGGCUCCUUUCGAGGCAGAUCACUUAGUACCUCGGUUCCGCGCGCCGAUGUCACCGCUCGUCUUGCUUCGCCGCUGCCCUCGCAGUUCGGUUCGCCCUCGGCUGCUCUUCUCGCAUCCUCAUCGCCGAGACCCCACGCCUAUCGUCAAGCCUCGGAAUCUGGCUCCCUCACCCCUCUUGCGGGCGCCAGCGCCACUGCCCCCGGCCCGGGGAUUAGCGCCCUCGCUGCCGCACUCUCCAACACCAUUGGUACAUCGCCUCCGCGCUUCGGUACUCCUCCGGUGCGAUCACAAUCCCCGGCGGCUUCCUCAGCUGCCGCGCCUAUUCUUGGCUCGACGCCGCCCGGAAACUAUGGAUCUUUCGAUGCACGGGCCCGGCUCCUCCAAUCUGAUAGCUCACAACGCGACGAUGACGAGGCGGUGGCGGAAAUUGUGAGGAGGCAUCUGGUACAGCCGACCGAUAGCUCGGAAGGACCCGACGAUUCUUCCAAGGGGAAGCAAGUUGUUGACGGUUCGGGCUCAGGGCUUGAUGAUGAAUUCUCCAGCUUGAAACUACAGGGAGGUGAUAUCACUCGGCCCAUUUACAGGUGGACAGAAGAUGCUACAAAUCGAGAGCGCAUUCAGCGGAGCAAGAGCUUUAGUAUGCCUCGCCCCGACCCUGAACAUGAGGUUCUCGAUAUAAAUAACAUCAAAGUCCCUGGCGGCUUCCGGCGUAACUUCCUGCGUCGGGCGGCUAGGAGUCCCUCUGCGAACCCCAGCUCGAUGGAGGGGGGGCGUGCGACACAGGAGCCUCCAUUGGUCACUUCCAACUUCCUCGAAUUUCUUUCGAUAUAUGGCCACUUUGCCGGAGAGGAGCUCGAGGAGGAUGACGAAGUCUUGGGUCCCGGCGAGUACUUUUCCAGCGGAGAGGACGACGAGGAUGUUUACACGGCUGGCGAAGGAUCAGAUGAUGAUCGCGACCCGAUGGAAGACAGUGCGCUGUUGACCCCUGGCAGGCGUAGGCGGAGGAGAAAGCACCGCGGUGGCAGCGGCAAAGCAACUCCUCUCAACGCAGCGAUGGUUCUCCUCAAGUCCUUCGUGGGCACUGGAGUUCUUUUCUUGCCCAGGGCGUACCUGAACGGUGGCAUGAUCUUCAGCAACUUGGUACUGCUUUUCGUGGCUGCCCUUAGCUACUAUUGCUUUGUGCUCCUAGUCAACACUCGUCUCAAGGUUAACGGUUCUUUUGGCGACAUCGGUGGAAUUCUCUAUGGCAAGUGGAUGAGGUUACUGAUCUUGACGUCCAUCGUCAUCAGCCAGGUCGGGUUCGUCGCUGCUUACAUUGUUUUCACGUCCGAAAACUUGAAGGCUUUCAUUCUUGCUGUGACAGAUUGCCGAACCUCGAUCGACGUCGGAUACCUCAUCCUCUUGCAGAUGGUCAUAUUCUUGCCAUUUUCUUUGUUCCGAGACAUCAAUAAGCUGGCCUUUACUGCGCUCAUCGCCGAUGCUUUUAUCGUCAUCGGCCUGGCAUACCUCUUCUACUUCGACGUACUUACACUCAGCACUAACGGAUUGGCUGACAUCAUUUAUUUCAACCAAAAAGACUGGACCCUGUUCAUCGGCACAGCCAUCUUUACUUUUGAGGGCAUUGGUCUGAUCAUCCCCAUUCAGGAGUCGAUGAAAGACCCUAAAAAGUUUCCCAAAGUUAUGGCUGUGAUCAUGGUCAUUAUUACCACUCUAUUUACGGUCAUGGGCGCCGUCUCGUAUGCUGCAUACGGCUCCAAGACGGAGACGGUUGUCCUGCUGAACCUUCCACAGGAUGAUAAGAUGGUCAACGUCGUCCAGUUCUUAUACUCGUUGGCCAUUCUUUUGUCCACACCGUUGCAAAUAUUCCCCGCUAUCAGGAUUACCGAAAAUGGCUUGUUCACUCGCAGUGGCAAGUACAACCCCUACAUCAAGUGGCAGAAGAACAUAUAUCGAUUCUGCGUGGUCGCUGGGUGUGCUGCGCUGGCUUGGGGUGGUGCCGACAACCUUGACAAGUUUGUUGCUUUGGUUGGAAACUUUGCGUGCAUCCCGCUCGUUUAUAUUUACCCGCCUCUCUUGCAUUAUCGUGCCGUGGCCAAGAGCAACCUGAAGAGGUGGUCUGACCUGGGGCUCUGCGUGUUCGGCUUCAUUGCCAUGGCAUACACAACAAGUCUGACGGUCAUGGCUUGGGCGGACAGUUCCAGUGAGCCUAAGCCUCCGUCAUACUGUGAUUCCAAGGGACAUUAGGCGCUGUCAGGCAUGACAGACACGAACGGCAUACGAGGGGCCAUUCCGCUUGGGGAACCUUGGGAUUUGUGCUCUCAUAUGUCCGCUGCAUAUUCGGUCUGGAAGACCGAAACUAACCUGCAUUUUAUUGGUGUCUGGAUUUUGAGAGAAUGAAAGGGGGCAAGCUAAGCGCGCGCGAGGGGCCCAGGGCCUGCCAGAGUUUACAGCGAAGGUACAUUAGGGUUUAAGCUACAUUCCAUGAGUUUUUGUGUAUAGAUAGCAUCUUCAGAGACAAACCAGAGCUCGAUACAGAGCUCUUGGGUCUGUGCAAGUUCCGGCCAAGAUGGGCGCCGCAACCUGACACAAUGUCGAAGCGAGUUUGGGUAGUUUUGGAAAUACAUCAUAGGCUCUUUAUGUAACUAACAUGUAUG